CAUAGGAAACUCUUAUUCAACAUUCGCGUCUCAAUGGUGCGCCCUGCGUGUGUUUAUUAAAUCAUCUGGCGUUUCUGAGUAGCUCAGUGAUGGAGGUGAACCGGGAUGAAGCGGAGCGAUGCAUCGAGAUCGCGCUCGGAGCGCUGGAGGGCGCGCAGCCGGAGAGAGCGCGCAGGUUCCUGGAGAAAGCGCAGCGGCUUUUCCCGACGCGGAGAGCGCGGGAGCUGCUGGCGUCUCUGGAGCAGAACGGCGAGGCGUCGUCUCAGAGAGCCGCUGAUGGCACAGAAGCUGGUCAGCGCAGGCCUGAGGUCAGCAGUAACGACUCCAGUAAACCCUACACACCUGAGCAGGCCGAGGCCGUCAGAAGAAUAAAGCAGUGCAAGAACUAUUAUGAGAUUCUUGGCGUGCAGAAAGAUGCUUCUGAAGACGACCUUAAGAAGGCUUACAGAAAACUGGCGUUAAAGUUUCACCCUGAUAAGAAUCACGCUCCGGGAGCCACGGAGGCGUUUAAAGCUAUAGGAAACGCUUAUGCAGUUCUGUCUAACGUGGAGAAGAGACGGCAGUACGAUCAGUUCGGCUCGGGGCGAUCCAGCCAGACCAACGACACACACUUCGAGGCCGAUAUUUCACCUGAAGAUCUCUUCAACAUGUUCUUCGGAGGAGGAUUCCCUUCGAGUGAGUCUGAGCCUGUGUUUGUGCGGCUGAAGGGCAUCUUGGGUAAUGAAAGGACAUUUACUGGCUGCGGAGGUCUCGCUCUUCUCAUGCAGUUGAUGCCCAUCCUCAUCCUCGUCAUCGUAUCAGCGCUCAGUCAGAUAAUGGUGACCAACCCUCCCUACAGCCUCAGCUUCAGACCGUCAGCGGGUCACACACACAAGCGCGUGACGGAGAUUCUGGGUGUGACGUAUUACGUGAACGAGCGAUUCUCUCAGGACUACAGCGGCGCGAGUCUGAAACGAGUGGAGAGCAGCGUGGAGGACGACUACGUCUCCAACCUCAGGAACAACUGCUGGAGAGAGAAACAACAGAAGGAGGGUCUGCUGUACCGUGCGCGGUAUUUCGGGGACAGUGAUCUGUACCAGCGGGCUCAGCGGAUGGGAACCCCGAGCUGCUCUCGUCUGUCUGAGGUUCAGGCGUCUUUACACGGAUAGAUGAAGCUUCAGUGCACUACCUGGUUCCAAAAACAAUCUCUCCAGUCUGGAAUAUGGAAGAACGCCAUACAUCUGUUUGAAAAACAGGGCUGAGCAUUGCAACAACUACUGAACUUGACUAGAAUUACUUACUGAGGGCUGAAGCUGUGUGUGUGUAUCUGUGUACGUGUGUGUGUGUGCGCAUGCAUGCUAAAGACCAUAUACGUGAGCAAGUGUGUGUGUGUGAGCGUGUACAUGUGUCUGUGUGUGUAUAUGUGUGUGUACAUGCAUGCAUGCUAAGGACCAUGUACUUUGAGCAAGUGUGUGUGAGUGUGUACAUGCAUGCUAAGGAUUGUGUGUGUGUGUGUGUGUGUGUGUGUACAUGCAUGUAUGCAUGCAUACUAAGGACCAUGUAUGUGUGCAAGUGUGUGUGUGUGUACAUGCAUGCUAAGGAUUGUGUGUGUGUGUGUGUGUGUGUGUGUUUGUACUUGCAUGCAUGCAUGCUAAGGACCAUAUACAUGAGCAAAUGGGUGUGUGCGUGUACAUGCAUACUAGGGAUAGUUUGUGUUUGUGUGUGUGUGUGUGUGUGUAUGUGUGCGUGCAUACUAAGGAUUGUGUGUGUGUGUGUGUGUGUGUGUGUGAAACCGGAGCUGGUGUUUUGGACUCCUGUGGAUGAAGGACGUUCCUCACAGUCUGAAUGUUCUGGCCUGAUUUAAAGUUCAUGGUGUUGUUUCUCUAAUUUCAACCUUAUUUUCAGCUCUGGCAGGAAUCAACAAUCUGGUUUUGCAUUAUGAAACAGACUGGGGGGUCCGAUGACAAUAUCUGCAUUUAUUUAUUUGAGUUUGUUUAGAUCGAGAUCAUGACUUUUUAAUGAUUUAUAUUUGUAUGUUUGAGAUUUAUCUAUGCAGGGAUCUUACUGAUUAAAUUAUUGCGUCUGACUUUAUCUGUCCUGCGUGUUAGGAGUAACUACGGCUGCUGUACACAGGUCAUAUUUAUUGAAGAAUUGAAUAGGAAUAUUUAUUUCAUAUGAAGUUUUAUUUUCUACAUGACUUAGUUUCAUCACUGACAGUGACUACGCUGCAAUUAUUUCACUCUGAAUACAAAUAAAGGUUGUACGUGCCACUGUCCACAGA